UUUUCCGUCACGUGACCAGUCGCCGCCAUAUUGAGAGCUGACUUACACCAGCUGAGUAGAUGGCUCGCUAAAUUCUCGCCUUUUCCCGGGCACUUUCGGAUUAAUCGUGAUUGUAAAGUGGUAGUGGUCGAGUGAUAAGUGGUAGCCGAUGUGGUGAUAUCAGUGAAAAGUGUGCAAGUGCGUCUUUCCUCCAAUUAUCGGAAGCUGAAGUUGGAUGUGACAGAUCCAUCGGACGACUGCCUCCCUCCGACCGACCCGCCAAACACCAACAGGAUUUUAGCGCGCAACUUUGAAUCUAGAUAUGGCUUAGUGCAACCAGCAACACUGGUUGCAGCCUCUUGUUUUAACCUCAUUAAGUGAGUUUCUGAUCACCUGAGAUGUCGGAAACCGAAGCAACAUCAGAAAUGGAAGAGUCGGUGGUGUUAGAAGGUGAGAAGGUGAAGGUGAUGAAUGGUGUAAAGGAGAUGGAGGAUAAAGAAGUGAAAAUGCAGAAUGGAGAUUCUGAGAAGUCGCAGAUAAAUGGUGAUAUUGAGAAAAUGGAUGAUUCAGAGGUUUCGGAAGAUCACAGUGCUAGUAGUGGGAAUGACGUCAGUAACAGUGAUGAACGACCAACAGAGCCUUCUAGGUCUGAAGAAUCGUCUCCAAAGCCUGACACUAAGGCCAGUUCGGAAAGUAGUGAUGCGAGUGCUAAAGUAGAUUCUCAUGAUAAAGCUAAUUCGGAGCCUGUUAGUGCAAAGAAAGCAGGUGAGCCCGAGCCCACCAAAGACAGUCCUGUUGCAGAGAGUACCUCUGCACCUGCAAAUGAAUCAAAGGGGGAAUCCAAAAUGGAAGUUGAUGAAAAGAGUGAAAAGAAAGAUGAGGCUAUGGAUGUAGAUAAAUCUGAAAGUGGUGAGAAGAAGAAUGUUAGUAGUGCAGUGGAAAGUGAAAAAGAACCCAAGAAAGAGAGUGAAAAGGCAAAAUCAGAAAGUGAUGACAAAAUGGAUACAAAAGAAGCUUCAUCAGAGAAAACAGAUGUCCCUAAAAAUUCAGAAAAGUCAGAUGUGAAAGAUGCAGAGGGAGACAAAAGUGAUAAAAAGGAUUCCUCCUCCGAGAAAGAUGGAAAGGAUCCCAAAAGUGCAGUUGCUGUGCCAGAACCAACGACGACCCCAGUUGGCCCAGUUACCCCAGUUACCCCAGUUGGGAAAGGUAAAAAGGCUAAGAAAGAAAAAAGUGAAGACGUUCAGGAAAUUUUACCUACACGGCAACUGAGAGUGAGGAGAACCCCAAGGAAGUACACUGAAGAUGACGAUGACAUCAAAAUAGAGAAGGAAGUCAUUAAAGAUGACAGUGGGGAUGAUAUCCAAAUGAUCGAGGAAAGUGAUCCCUUGGCAAUUAGUGAUGCUGAUGUCAAGAAAGCACAACUCAAGGAUAAGAAGGAGGUGGUGAAAUCAAAGGACCCAAAUGUAAUCAUCAUUGACACAAAUACGUUACUGAAGAAUCAGGGAAAUUUAGCAGCAGCAGUAGCACAAUCAUCUUCAUCUGCACCAGUUGUUUCUACCCCUCCUGCCGUGUCUACAGCCUCUGUUGCCACUGCAACCACCUCUAUAAAUGCAUCCGUCAACACAAGCCACAAUACUGUGUCAAGUGUCAAUAUACAGACAGCGAUACAGGCAAUUACUGGUGGGGUGCCUGCUCAGGGAUUGCAAUCUGCUUACAUCACUGCUUUACAGCAGGUGCUGUUGGCUCAGGGUGGUCAGGUUCCUAUGAACUCUCAGCAUCUGGCACAGCUGCAGCAAUAUUACAACAGUUUAGGUCAUUUACAGGAUGAUGCUUAUGUGAUUGAGGCGCCCUCAUUCAUCGUGCCAUACGUUAUGGAAGGGAAACCAAAGGAACCUAUUAAAGCCUUCCUCAGAAGAAUAAACAAAGAAUUAGAGGAGUAUGAGAAAGAGAAAAAGAGAGAGGAAGAAGAGAAGAAAAGGAAAGAGGAGGAAGAAAAACGGAAAGAGGAGGAGGAAAGGAGAGCAAAGGAAAAAGCAGAGGAAGAGGCAAAGAGAAAUGAGAGUUCAGAAGGGGAUGCUGGUGCAAAAGAUGAGAAGGAUGAAGCCACAGAGAAAAAGGAUGAAAGCAAAGAGAAAGCAGAGGGAAACUCUGUUGAAACAAAAGAUGAGUCUUCAGAGGCCAAAGGUGAAAGUAAAAACAAUACUAAAACAGUAGAUGAAAAGAGUAAGGAUGCUAAUAAAGAAAAUAGUAGUAAAGAAGAAAAUAAAGAAAACAGAACUUCUAGUGUUACUAGUGGCAAGGACAAAAGCUCAAAAGACGAUAAAGAAAAGAGUGAUACUGAUAGUGUAGUGGAAAUGGAAACUGAAGAGAAGAAAGAAGAAGAUCUCACUCAUUUAGGAAAAUGGGAACCAUAUUAUCGUAGCUCACUAGGAAAAUUCAUCUUGGAUCUUGGACUUAACCAAGCUCAAGAAUUUCUUCAGUCAGAUCUUUUGCGUAUGCAGAAGAAGAAGUUGGAGAAAAUGAAAACUGUUCCGUCCAAAGAGGGAAUUGUAUCAGUUAAGGUUUUAGAAAAACAGCUAGAAAUGACUAGGCAGAAGAACUCCCACUUGCGUGUACCUCUUAAGACCUGUAAAUUCUGUAACUUUAAAACGGAGAGCGAGAUGGUAAUGGAUCGCCAUCUAGAAUCACCACAUAUGGUCAAUUAUACCUAUAAGUGCAAUUUUUGUGAUUUCGAAACUCGUGGACCUCAGGUAAUCCUUUUCCAUAUGGAAGCGGAACACAACAUUCGCGGACGCCUUGAACGUGCCCCUGCGUUUUUCCAGUGCUCAUUGUGUCCAUAUGAGGACAAUAAUAAAAGUAAAAUGACUAGACAUUCCUUCUCCUGUGCUAAGAAGUACAAACCUGAGAAGAAUUGUGAAUUAGCUGACUGGGAACCCCCAGCUAAGAUUCCAAAGGUUCACCGUGGCCGUCCAAACACCCUAGGGAAGGCUUUUGAACCUGUGAAAAUGCCAAAUCUUUUACCAAAGGGCCUAGCUGGCAUGAAUAUAAACCUACAGUCAGCAGUAGCUGCUAACCUACUGACAACUGCCUCAGCAAAUACAGCGGCUUUGGCAGCUGGUCGAGGAAGAGGGCGGCCUGUUGGUUCAUACAAAACUACUGGUCAAAUAAUUAAUCAAGGUCGAGGAGCAUCCCCUGCCUCGCUGUUGUAUUCCACAAGAGGUGUAACUACUGGUAACCUCGUCCAGCAAGUAGGGGGGAAUGCUCAACAAUUCACUUUAGGAAACCAGAUGUUCCACCUGGUCAAUGGCCACCUGGUUCCUAUGUCGAGUGCGGCAGCCUCAGUGAGCAGUGUUUCCGUAUCUUCACAGUCUACGGGGCGAGUGCCGCGCAUCUUACCGUCCUCGUCUGCCUCAAACGUCAGCCUCAUUCCAGGACUGGCAGCCUCAUCAUCCAUCACCAUUCAGAGUGUACAAAGCAAAGCAGGGAACACCAAAUCACCACAGCAGCCCAGCAUUUCCAUCACGCCAUUACCCAGAGGAGGACAGCAGCCACAGAAUGUUACCAAAGGGACCACGCCUACCCGAGACGCCAGUGGAAAACCGUCCUUCGUCAUAUGUGAAAUCUGUGAUGGUUAUAUUAAGGAUUUGGAACAGCUGAGGAACCACAUGAAUCUGAUACACAAAGUAAAGAUCCACCCAAAGAUGAUAUACAACAGGCCUCCAUUAAAUUGUCAGAAAUGUCAGCAUCGAUUCUUUACAGAUCAGGGUUUAGAAAGACAUCUUCUUGGUACGCAUGGUCUCGUAACAUCAUCAAUGCAAGAAGCAGCAAAUAAAGGGAAAGAUGCUGGACGUUGUCCCAUUUGUGGCAAGGUAUUCCAGUGGAAGUUACUUAAUCAUGUGAGCAGAGACCAUAAAAUGACCCUCAAGCCAGCUCAUCUAUCUUACAAAUGCACAGUUUGUACAGCGACAUUUAAUAUGUACAGACUUUUCGAAAAUCACGUAUAUUCAGCUCAUUCGGUAGUAAAUAAAAACAAAGGAGAUAACAACAAGAAACAGAGUAGUGGAGGUUCCUCUGAUCCACCCCUGAAGAUAAAUGAUGAAAUUACCAUCAUUCCCCAGCCAGCAGCCAAAAGUUCAAAACCUGAUAACAUGACAUCACCAGGAAAAAAGUCUGGCAACUCGCCAAGUGUGAGUAAGGAGAUAACAAUCACCAAAGUGGGAUCUCGCCCUACACGACGUAGUGGAGGCAGUAGUGUGGAGGUGAUCAGUUUAGAUGAAUCUCCCAAGAAAGCUGACAAACGGACCAAUAAGGACAAUGCGGGAAAUUCGGCCAAGAAAGUUAAAGCAAGUAGCUAAUGCUUUGUGAUGCCAGAGUGCAGUGCUCAUUGUAUGAUGUGGACAUGAUAUAAUUUAUAAAGGCAAUACAGUAUAUUACUGUAUAUAAGGAUGUUAAUAGACCAGAUUUUUGUGUAAAUGAAAAGCUGGGACAAUUACCUUCACUAUUUGUGGAGCUGAUGACAAAAUAUUGCACUACCGGUCAAGUGCAAUUGACUCUAUUGAGAAGUGUUGUGAAACCUGGGAAGUGCUGGCGUGGUAAAUACAAUUUGAAAAAAUUAUCUUUUUGUGUGUGUGUGUGUGUGUGUGCGCGCGCAUGUAAAUGUGUGUGUGGAGAGAGUGAUGGUGGGUUGAAGCGGCCUUCAAAUCGAUGCUUCAGAUUGUUUGCAAGGAUAAAUUUGCAGUACUCUAGUAGUACAAGUAAUAACGUAAUGUGUACUACUGGAGAGCGAGUUGAUACAGACUAAUUUAUAUCUCAAAUUGGUCUGAAAAGUGAGUGGUGCUACUUCCUUAUCUGUACAUAAGCAUCUACGAAAGGGGUAGUGACCAAAAUAUAUUUUAGAAAGGAUUUUGUGUUAACAUGGUGGCAUUUUUUGAGCUCAGAUUUGCACAUAUUUUGUUUUGUUGAGCCUACAUACUCAUUAAGUCUACUUUGGCGGUUUCCAGGAAUAUACUGUAUGUUUCCCACUAGAGUAAAAAUUGUUUUAAAUGCAAAAAUCACAGUUGUGAAUUUACUUGUGGAGAGUAGGCGAUAGUGGUGUACCUCAUCUUUGAACCAAAGUCUGCCGCACAAAGUACUGCAUAUUUAUUGGUCUCACGGAAUUAAUAGUUUCAAUGGUUACAAAAAUUAGUAGAUAUAAAAUAUACAGGUUUUUUUUUUUCUUUUUUUAAUUCAGUGACAUUACUUUCUGCAAGAUGUGCACAUAAUAUCUUGCCCAAUCAUUGUGAUAAAAUGUCUAAAAAUUUCAGUCUUUUGUUUAAGAAUAGCUAUGUUGUAAAUAUUUAGUUGAGGAGGCUUCAACUAUUUAAAAGAUUUAUUUUAAUGGAGUUUUGUCAAAUUUUUCAGGAACAGAAAACACUUCAGAUUUUAUUUUCAGUAUUGUUGUAAAUCAGGAAUGAUUGACAGAACCUUUAACCUGUGUUAUUUUAAAGGUUUCACUGUUUUAGUUUCAGUCUUUGGUAGUACUUUUCUAUUCUGUUAUCAUUCCUUGGUGCCAAUCUGAGUUAAGCAAAUAAAAAGAAAUAUGAGAUGAAUAAGGGUAUGUAUAUAAUGACUUUCAAAUAGUAAUGCUAAACGUAGUCCUCUUAAAACAGUAUCAUACGUGGCUGCUUUACCUUACUGCUCAACCCAGUUUGAUGAGUAUGUGAUCCCAACUGUGAAUGUUUUUUUAAGCUUUUGUGUUUUGUUAGAUAAUUCCAUGACAUUGCAGGCAUUUGGUAAUGUCUUACAAGUUUAUUUUUUUUAAAUAUAAUUUCAUUGGCUUUGUGAUAAAACUUGACAAAAUAUUUGACAGGUUUAGGUGGAUUUUAUUGAAGGUUAAUAUUAUGCCACAAAAUUGCACAGUAAAGUAAGCAUUACUACUAGAAAAUUUCCAAAUAAUGAGAAAUUAUAAAAUUUUUCUGAAUAUGGAGGCCAUGGUAAUUCACACAUUAAUUUUCUUGACAAUUACCCAGAGCUAUUAGAGUAUGGGGUUAGAUAAUUGACAGGUUAACAAAAUUUAUCGAUAUUUGUUGACAUUGGUAGUCAUGAUAGCCAGAAAAUGUGAUAAAUAAUCUGAGUAAUAAAUGUCCUGCAAUUUCUUUUUCAAAUGUCCUGCAAUUUCAUUAUUUCUUUGUGAUGUACAUAGGCUCAAACAUGCUGGUUUAGGAUAUAAAGUAGCUAAGGUAGUAGCCAUGGUGAUACAAAGGGGGCAUUAUAAUAAUAGCCUUGAUGGAUACCUGUGACCACCACCUUCUUGUAAGGAAGUCUUGACAAACUGAAUGUUUUCAAGCAUACAUAUUUUGAAUGUUACACAAAUAAAUGUUAGUCACUAGUUACAUACAUUUUUCCUGAAUAGUUGAAAUUAAAGAUGGCAUGGCACAGUUCGAAAACCUUGUACAUUGUGACUUUAUGCUCCAUUAAGACUUAGGUUAUUAACUUUGUUUUCUGUACACAAUGCAAUGAAUGUAAUAUGCUAGUAGCUUAAAUUUUAUUUAAUUUUUCUGGAUGAAAGUGUUAAAUGUCGUAGUAUAUGAACACUUUUUUAGGUGUAUUACACCAAUAAAAUAUUAUUUAGA